AUGAUGUCCCUUCUCUUGACCACGCUGGCCCUCGUGGCCCUCGCCUCUUCUCACUCCGUCAUCACAUACCCGGGCUGGCGGGGGAACAAUCUGAUUCAAAACGAGACCUUUCCCUACGGCAUGCAAUGGAUGUACCCUUGCGGCGGCAUCGGCACCACAACAAAUCGCACAUACUGGCCCACGACGGGCGGCGCCGUGUCCUUCCAGCCAGGCUGGUUCCGCGGCCACGCCACCGCCAUGGCCUACGUGAACAUGGGCUUCGGCACGGACGGCCCUGAUCAUGGCCCGGAGAACAUGUCGUUCCCCAUGGUCAAGCCCUUCCAGAUCAUCGGCCCGACCAACAAUCCCUUUCCCGGCACCAUCUGCCUGCCGCAGGUGCCGCUCCCCGCCAACACCACCGUCAAGGCCGGUGACAAGGCGACCAUCCAGGUCGUCGAGCUGGCCCAGCACGGCGCCUCGCUCUUCUCGUGCGUCGACAUCAUCUUCGCAGAGCCGGGAGACCCGCGCAUCGGCGAGGUCAACGAGACCAACUGCUUCAACUCGACCGACAUCGGCUUCGCCGAGGUGUACACGAUCACGACGAAGAACUCUGGCUCCGACGCCUACGUCAGCAGCGGCGCCGUCGAGACCGUCCGGAGGCUGAGCUGGGUCGGGUACCUGCCUCUCGCGCUCGUCGGCCUCUGGGCACUGUUAUGA